UUAAGUGACAGUGACCAGGAUAUGGUUGAGUCCCCUAGUAGCUGCACGGAUCAUCGUCCAAUUUGAGACUACUGUUGUUACCGACAACAUCCAACACAAAUGAGAGACGCCUAUCUUUAUCUUCGACGUGCCUCCGCCGACGCCGACUCGACAGGCCUUCGCAUAAUCAGAAACGAAAGCCACACUCUGUACUCCGCCCAUACUUGGCCUUCGGACUAUCAGUCGUGAUGCAGGCAAAGCAAUAAUAAGCAAUCACUCCUCGGUACUGAUAUGCUCCCGCCUGGACUUAUCACCUGUGGCAGUCAAGGCCAUCAUUCCCGGGCCAAACCCACAUAAUAAUCAUGCUCUCGACGAUGUCGCAUUCCUAUCAACCCGAAACUACGUUUCCAGGUCUCCCAGGCACUGGAAGCGGCAGUCUGAGCGCUAUGUCAUCUCCCGUCUCUGGUCGCGUGGGUGACAAUGGGUCAGCGACCAACUCCGUGGUCAGACCUGAUCGGCCUUGCGAUGCAUGUAGACGUCGCAAGAGUCGCUGCGUCAUCAAUUCCGACUCGACCGCCUGUGUGAUGUGCCAGUUCCACUCACAACCAUGUACCUUUAUCGAAGAAGCAGCUCCGAGGCGACGAAAACAGACAAAUCCUGGUGAUAACAGUGCCGGGUCCAUGUCUCGCCAGAGGCGAUCAGGCUCCGAUGGCAACGCCCCACGACGGCCAUCUGCAGAAGCUGGCCCUGUUAUCGUCGACGAUUACGCGAACUUGGCUGGUGAAUCGCUACUGAAAAAGACUCUUGGUCUUCAAAACCACCGAUAUGCAAAGUAUAUCGGCCCGACCGACGAACAUGACUUUGCUUUAUUAGAUCUAAGGUUAUAUGACGACCUCAGGAACGAAGCACCUGCAGAUCUAGGGUCGUUCCGCAAAGUCGGGCCGAACGAAUUCUUUCAUCAGUAUGCCGAUGCGGAUUCUCCCAGUUAUGUCGGCGAGGUCGAGAUACUCGACAGGAUUGAGCGUAUUGUCGCUCCCCAUGGUGAAGCUCUGAUCAGACUUUAUUUCAGAAUUGUGCAUCCUAGCUUUCCCAUCUUACACAAGAAGGUGUACCUAGAGAAAUAUGGCAGGACACAUCGGGAAUUUUCCCCACCAUUACUCGCCGCCGUCUACAUUUUGGCGCUGAACUGGUGGUCCUACAGCUCCGAACUCGCAAGGUCGGCCAAACCGGAUGUUGCCCAACUUGAAGACAUUGCAUACAACACAUUGCAAGAUGUCUCCCAACGAGCAAAGUUGUCGACCGUCCAGGCAGGUCUUUUACUGCUUCAACGACCGGGCAGCAACCAGGCCUGGCAACUCACAUCCCAGCUCGUCGCCAUUGGACAAGAUCUGGGCCUGCACCUCGAUUGCACAAACUGGCGAGUACCAAGCUGGGAGAAAGGACUUCGAAAACGGUUGGCAUGGGCACUGUUCAUGCAAGAUACUUGGUCUGCUCUGAUCUAUGGCCGACCGCCGCACAUCUCCGAGACGAACUGGGCCGUCCAGCCUGUCAUCGGCAGCGACUUUCCGGAGAGCGCCGCAGACGAGGACGAGGAAGAGGGAAGCACCGAAGUCGACAAAGGUCGCACGCUGUUCAGUGCCAUGAUUGCGCUCACGAAAAUGCUGGCAGAAGUGCUGGAGAAACUCUACUCACUGAAAGCGGAAACUGAGGUCAAGAACUCGUACGAUACAACCAAAGCCAUCCUCGAGAGAGCCAAGCCUAUCCAGCUAAAGCUAAGGUCGUGGUAUGCUGAGAUGCCGGAAGCACUUCGAAUGGAUGCAACAAGAGUGGGCAAGCUGAGUUCAGUCGGCUAUCUGCACCUGGCGUAUUUUGCGACGGAAAUCACUUUGCACCGGCGCAUCUUGCGCUCUUUGUCGCACAACACCGACCCAUAUCUAGUUCAGAUAUGUCGCUCUGCAGCCAAGGCGCGACUCAUCAGUGCGAUGGACUUUUUCAAUCGCCUGAAACCCGAGCAUUUGCAGUCGUUCUGGUACUUUGCCUCCAAGUUCAACUUCGCGCUCAUCGGCACAUUUGCCGGACUAUGUUUCGUCACAUCGGUGAGUCAAGAAGAGGCCGAGUUCUACCAGAGACGACUGCUAGAGUACCGCUGGACGCUGAGGGUGUCGAACAAGAGCGCCGAGUUCCUGGAGAUUGCCAGUGGAAUUCUGGAAUCAGCGGUCGGGUCUUUGUUGAAGGCUGCCGACUCAAUUGACAGUCGGGGCUUCUCGUUUCCUAUGCUUCAACCACAUGCAGAGGAUGGAGACGCUUCCAUGGACCACGAGAAUUUUUCUCCUGUUGCUGAGUAUGGUUACUACGAUACUCAGAUGGAGCCCUGAGAUGAUCAGGUGAAAGCAUCCUUAAGACGACCUGGUCACGCUCGUUCUUUCUUGAACGACCGAACUGAUCUUGGAUGAGAGUUGAUAUCCGGCUGCGCAAGAACUGGUGGAAGGGUUAGGUAGGUGUCAACAGCAUUGUCGCUAUCGCUACCACCGUCUCUUCUCAGUGCGCGGACUUGACCGGCAGGAUGCCUAAGAGCCUCCGGAAUUGAUACC